UGAUCGAGUCACGAGAGAAGCACGUUUUAGAAACUAGCUCACCGUUCGUUGCAAAAACCAGUCCAAGUAUUUGGAAAGAGAGCGGAGUCGACCGUCUGCGUUACAUCGACAGAACUUUAACACUGCAAGCAUGGAGAAUCAAGGAAGCUACAGGCUGAACAAAGACCACAGAGUGAGACGAGGUAACCCCUCUGACUUAUGGGCCUGGCGUAAAAACCUCAGGUAUGACAUCCUUGCUCGGUACAGAGGAAUCACAAAGAUGAUUUUUGUGGAGGAAAGUGAGUCUAUGCUCCAAUAUGGAGAUCCCGCCUCCAUUCCAAACGAGGAUUACUCAGGUUUGUGGGCUCUGCGUAAAAAUUACAGAUAUGACCUGCUUUCCUCCCAUAGAGGAAUCACUGAAAUGACUGCUGGGGAGGACGGCCAACAAGUUGAAAUGGCCGUCGCCGCACGUCAGCUACAUAUGGCUGAGACAUCCUACCAGUUCAGUAGGAUAGCGUUCUCCAAAAUCCGAUACAGAAACCCAGCUUCCAUCCCCAGCAAAGACUCGGCUGGUCUGUGGGCUUUGCGUAAAAAAUGCAGGUAUGAACUACUUGCACGCUUCAGGAAAAUUGACAAGUCGAUGAUGGAAGACGAAGCCAUGGACUGCACUGAAGCUACACCAGUGAUGAAAAGAAACCCGGUGAGGUGGGAGUCUGAGCAAAAUCAAGGCUGGACCCCUCACAGGUACCCUUCUGGCUUGAGGAAAACAAAAGAGCCGCACUGGUUCAGAAAAUAUAAUUACAUGGCAAGAAACAGGUCAAAAAUGGCUACCUCAAAGCAACAAGACUUAAAGAGCUCUAACUAUGGAGGCAACAGCAUGAACAGGUCCAACAGCCGAUUCAACGGUUGGCGUCAAAGAAACUGGGGAUCCAGCAAUGGAAAGUAUUUCCCUCAGGCACAAACCCAGAGAACCUAUCCUGGAUACUAUAGGCUCUGUGCUGCAGAGCGGACAAAAUACGGUAGAUCCAAUUUCAGACAGCAAACUGCGAACUGUUCUCGAUACACUCCUGGUAAGGCGUUUACAACCGGCUCCAGUAACAGCUGCAACCACUACCAAGGACCGCUGUGGAACCAAAGAUUGUGUCCACAGCAGGGCCACAGAGGACGUUUUGUCUCAUGGAACCAGACGAGGUUCAGAGGAAAUGUGGUGCAGUCAGGAGGCCGAGGUUGGACCAACAGAAACGGGUCCAACAACUUCCAGGGUCCCCAAACGUUCAGAGGACAAAGAGCGAACAGAUUUUCUUGGCUGGAGGUUGAGAAGCAUUUGAGAUCAGACUCUAAGAUGUGAAUAAUCAUCAUAGAUGGAUUUCAAUGUCACAUCCUCUUCCUAUAAACAGACCUGUCCUAUUUAGGGGGACGUUAGGCCCUACAGCUGGAAUGUAACUUCUCAGUUGUUAGGUGUGAUAAAAUGUUCAAACGGAGGUGUUAGGUAAAUUUUAGGUGCUAGAAUAGCAUGCAAAGAGAUGCAAACAAUGACAUCAAGUAGCAAGAAGCCACCGACUUCCAAACUUUUAGAAUAAGAAGAAAUCUGCAUUUGUCAAUGCAGUUGUCGUAGUACAUUAAAACAAAUCCUGUCUCCGCAUUUAACCCAUAAUCUAGGGAGCAGAGGGCAGCUUUACGUAGCCGGGGUGCAACCUGGGGCUAAGGGUCUUGCUCAGGGACCACGGUGACAGUCUGCAGGGAUUGCAGCCUAUGGAAAAACUUUAAAGGAAAUGAUCCUUCAGUGGAGGUAGGUUAAAGUUACAGCCUUUGACAGCGAUAUGAUAUUGCUAUUGACUGUCAGGACAUUUAACCACCUAAAACUUGCAAAAAGCUUAUUUUAUGCAUUUAUUGCAAUAAAUUCCCCAAAAUUUGCAUUGUUAUCCAUUAAACCAAUGGGGUCUAUUGUCUCCCAAAAAGGGCUGUGGCCGUUGCAUUAGGGAUAAGUACAUAAAUGUUCUGAUCCAUCAAUACAAACCUUUAGGUGAAGAGAGUUUCCCAUCAGAACAUACUUUUCUGUUUAGUUUAGUGAGAAAUAGAGAGAAAGCUUUGGUCUCCCUCCAGAAGAUUGCAUGCUGGCAACUAUGUAGGCUAACAUUAAUUUAUGCUAACUGUUUAGGAGGUGAGUAGCUAAUGUCUUAGGUAAACAAACAUGUCUGUAAUGUUCUGAUUAACACAGCCCACCGAUUUUAACACAUAAAUUCUUGAUGAAGCUUAAUCGAUGUCUGAUCAGAAUGGAAAAGCUUUAUUUUUUAUUCUUGCUGUCUUAAAUUGAUGGUGCCAUACCUUAGAGCAGAUCCCCAAUGGAGGGUAGUGGAGGCAGUCUGCAAAGAAUGAGGCCCCUUCUUUUACUCUCUGACCCAAACCAACAAACUCAGUGGCAGUUUUUGACCCUAUGUUUGUUUAAAGCUUCUCUACUUAAAAUUUAACAGAUCAUUGAAAAAUUAUCCUACUAAAGUCACACUAACUUGUUGAUAAUGAUCCCCCCAACCAAACCUUAUUCAUGCAAUGUUUGUGGCCUUCAUAGUGCAAACCAUGGACCACCCCUAAAAGUGUUUUUUUGAGUGCCUAAAGACAGAAUUUCAUGACUUUUGGAGUUUUACUUGUCCCAAGUGAACAUUUAUACUGUAAUCUUGUCAGCUAAUUGUUUUUUUAAUUAAAAAAGCUC